AGAGCAGAGAUGAGAGGUAGAGAGAGUAAGCGGGAUUCCAGACAAGGCACACGGUACCGACGGCGAGCACAGAGCAGCAGGUUCUUCGAACACUCAAGGAUCAGAGACUCUACGAGAAGGCAUGACUACCAGAACCAGAAGCGUGGAGUACAGAGAUGCUGGGGUUUUGAUUGGAAGAUCUAUAAUCAAGCAACUCCUUUUUACUUCACAAACUUCCCGGAGGAUUGGUCUUACGAACAGAUGUGGAGAACCUUCUUGAAGUAUGGUAGAGUGUAUGCAAUAUACAGCCCAAGGAGGACAAACAAAGAAGGAAAGAGAUUUGGCUUUGUUAGGUUCCUUGAAGUGAAGAAUGUCAACAUGCUAGAGAAACAGCUAGAUCAAAUUAGAAUCGGUGAUCACAAGCUCAGGGUUAAUUGCCCACGUUUCUCAGAGGCAGAGAAGAGCACCCGAAAACCAAUCGUUCAGUCGAAGAUAGCAAGCGAGAAGAAGAGAAGCUAUGCAGAUGUGGUGAGGAACCAGGGCGGAGAUUGUAAGCAACAAAACCCAAGUGACAAUGGACAAGCCAAACAGAUUUGGAAAGCCAAAGGAAACGUCACUGGGUGGACAGGGAUCGAUUUCAACCCAGCGAAGGAGGACUGGGAGUGGCUAGAAGGAACCUAUGUAGGAACAGCAAGAUCUGUGGAAAUAGUUCCAAUCAUUCAAGAAAGAUUUUACAUGGAGGGACUAUUCUCUGUGAAGCUAAGAGCAAUGGGGGGCAAACUUGUUUUGCUGGAUGGAGAUGACAAAGAUGACCUCAAGGAUUUGAUGGAAUCAGCAGCAGAUUGGCUCAAACAAUGGUUCGAUGACAUUCGCCCCUGGACUCCAAAUAGGGUAGCCAGCGAGAGAUUUGUGUGGCUAAAGGUGAGUGGCGUCCCUCUCCAUGCAUGGGGCCCAAACUUUUUCAACACCAUUGCAACCUUAUGGGGCAGAUUCAUUUCUUUGGACGAAAGCACCAGUUUAAAAAAGAGAUUAGAUGUUGCAAGAGUGCUCAUCUCCACUACAGAUAUGGGCUCCAUUUCAAAAGUUCUACAUAUCAAGGUAAAUGGCGAACCGUUCUGCAUCCGCUGCAAAGAAGAGGAGUUUUCAAACGGCCACUUCAACCUCAAAUCAGAUCACAAACCAUCAUCCCCUUCAUGCUCCGAGGAGGACGAUCUGGAACACUGGACUUCAGACAGUCCGUUUGAGGUGGAAUUUUCAGAUGAUAAUAUGAGGCUCCGGUGCAACAUAGACGGAGAGGUAGGAGAUGAAGAUGACGUGGCCAUGAGCAGGAUUCAAAAUACUAAAGAGACGUUGGAGAAAGAAGAAAAAAAGGGCGGCCGACUGACAAAGGACAUAAUAGUGGAAAACAAAACCACUUUGGAGACAAAAGGUUCCCAAGAUCCGAAUGUGAACGAGGAGUCAGAAGGAGAGAUUGCAGACUCACAGCAGGCGCCGGAAAACAAUAAAUGUGAUGAGAUGGUGAACAGUGCAACUCGGGAAAGGGAACCAGGAGCGUCUUGCCCCACAAAAAAUAGCUUUGAAGUUUUGGGCCAAGGCGAAACCCAACAACAAGAAAAUGAAGGAAAGCCCAAGACAGACCAGAUCCAAACCCACAGUGGUCAAAAAGAAAAGGUGAUAGUGGAUGAGGGGCCUCUCAACAUAAGCCCCGAUGGUCAAACAGAAUUACAAACAACAAACCCAGAAAAGGAAUCUGCAGAUGGGAAACUCUGUGAAAUGUCUUUUUGGCAGGGGUUUGAGAGCGAGUCUGGCUCUAUCAAAAACUGGAUGGGAAGAAACCUUCGGCAAAGCACACGAAAAAGAAGGAAUCAAAAGAAGAAAAGCAGAUCUUGUUUGUCAAUCUACAAGUCAUCCCCAAUGCUUGCAGAAGAUGGGAUCAAGAAGCAGGCCGGCAAGCUCAAAUCGAAGAAUCUCCGAAAAGAAGGGUUACCAAGUUUUCUCCCAGAUCCAGAGAAACCAAUAGCAGGAGAAUCUAUCUCGGAUAGCGCCAUUGCCAAUUGCAACAGAAGCAACUCGAGACGGAAUUUAAUCUCUGAAAUUUGGCAGUUUGCUCAACAAGUUGGGAUGGAGGCUCUCGAAAAUGAGGAGGAAAUCAUACAACAGAUCACAAACAUGGAAUCCAGAGAUAAAGAGGCAAAGGAAAAAUUGAAAGAGAGAAGACGAGCCAGCAAGCUGAAGAAAGAGGUUCGAGAAGUGGUAAGGAAGGAGAGAGUUGAGUUCUUAGCAAUUCAGGAAUCAAAAAUGGAGGUUGUAGAUCGAGCCACAUGCAAACAAUUAUGGGGCUCGGAUGAUUUUGAUUUUUGUAUGAAAGCAUCAAAUGGUAAUUCUGGAGGCUUGCUAUGCAUCUGGGACAAUAAAUUAUUGAAGAAUUGUAGUCAGAUAGAAGGGGAAAAUUUUGUUGGCGUUUCUGGAAAUUGGGGUGAGAAAAUGCUGCCUGUAUAUCUGAUAAAUGUGUAUGCUCCAUGCGAUGCUGUUGUUAGAAGAUGCAUGUGGGAUGAAUUAAAAGCACUAAUCUAUGGCAGAAGUGGAAAUUGGUGCUUAAUGGGCGACUUUAACUGCACUAGGAAACUAAAUGAAAGAGCUGGAGCAAAUGGCGCUUCUAGAGGAAUGAGGGAUUUUGAUAAUUUUGUAAGAGAGACAGAGCUGGUAGAUUUACCCUUAAUAGGGAGGAAAUACACAUGGUACCAUCCCAGUGGAAACUCUAUGAGCAGGCUUGACAGAUUCCUAUUAUCUGAAGGAUGGCUAGAAAAUUGGAGUGAGGUAAAACAGUGGGGACUUAUGAGAACAGUCUCAGACCAUUGUCCUAUCAUCUUAAAGGAGCAAAAACCUGAUUGGGGCCCUAAACCUUUCAAGCUUUUCAACAAUUGGGUAAACCAUCCAGAUUUUACUAAGGUUGUAUCAGAGGUUUGGAAGUCAACAAAGCCAGAAGGCUGGAAGGGCUAUUGUUUGAAAGAGAAACUAAAGGCAACAAAAAAUAGAAUCAAAGAAUGGAGUUGCAAGGAAUUUAAUCUACUAGAGCUCAAAAUCAAGGAGGCAAAAGAGGGCAUUGAAGAACUGGACAAAAGAGCAGAACAAACACAAUUGACAGACCUGGAGAUAACCACACGAAAACAACUAUUUUAUGAUCUAUGGGAUGGCUUGAAGAUUAAAGAAGGUAUGAGUAGACAAAAGGCAAGAAAAGAAUGGCUCAGAAAUGGAGAUGCAAACACCCAAUUUUUCCACAAAUGCAUAAGAAACAGACAGAGGAAACAGGAGAUCAACUGCAUUGAAAUAAAUGGCUGCCAUCAGAACAGUGUGCAGGGAAUUAAGGACGGGAUAGCCAAGCACUUCGAAGAGCUAUACAGAGAAGAGGAUUGGGCACGACCCGUUUUAAAUGGCAUCAACUUUAAGCAAAUCUCAACUGCCCAAGCCAAUCUACUUACAUCUCCAUUCUCUGAGGAGGAGAUCAAAAAAGCAGUAUGGGAUUGUGGGUGCUCUAAAGCUCCAGGACUAGAUGGAUUCAAUUUCCUUUUUUUCAGGCGCAUGUGGGAAGUAAUUAAGAAGGAUGUUGUCGAUUUUGUUCAAGAAUUUCACAAAAAUGGGAGAUUAGUAGCUGGGUCAAAUGCCUCAUUCAUCACCCUCAUUCCGAAGGUCUGCAAUCCACAGAAAAUCGAAGACUUGGUGAUUCCUUAUGUCAUCGGGAAACAACAAAUGGCCUUCAUUGAAGGUAGGCAAUUAAGUGAAGGAGUAAUAAUUGCCAACGAAAUUAUAGAUGAUGCCAAAAAGCGGAAGAGAGAGUGUUUCUUGUUCAAAAUAGAUUUCGAGAAGGCAUUUGAUAAAGUCAGCUGGCGCUUCUUGGACUACAUGCUCAUGAGAAUGGGAUUUGGAGAUAUUUGGAGAGGAUGGAUCAGGGAAUGCCUGCAAACCAGCAUGGUAUCGAUCCUAGUCAAUGGUAGCCCCACAAGGCAAUUCAAGGUCAGUAAAGGCUUGAGACAAGGCGACCCCCUUUCACCAUUUUUGUUUUUGAUAAUAGCAGAGGCACUAAAUGGAAUCAUUACAAAGGCAACUGAACUAAGUCUGUUUGAGGGUGUGGAAGUAGCACAAAAUGGUGUCCAUUGUUCACAUAUCCAAUUCGCAGAUGACGCUUUGAUCUUCGGAAAAGCAUCAGAAAGCAAUGUUUGGGCAGCAAAGUGUAUAAUGAGAACAUUUGAGCUAGCAACUGGACUGAAGAUAAACUAUUCAAAAAGCCAACUCAUGGGGGUUAACGUAGAAGAAGACUGGAUGGAAAAAAUGGCCUGCCUCUUGAACUGCAAGAUUGGGUGUAUGCCAUUCAAAUACCUGGGGGUCCCUGUUGGAGGUAAUCAUAGAAGAAUGGAAUUGUGGAAACCCUUGAUUGAUACCUUCUCAAAGAAAUUGACUACUUGGAAAGGUCAGCAGCUCUCUCUGGGUGGCAGAAUCACUUUGCUUAACUCUGUGCUCUCGUCCCUGCCAGUGUUUCUCCUGUCUGUCUACUUGGCUCCCAAAGUAGCAGCAAAGGACCAAAUGCUACAAAGCCUGGACUCUGUCAAACUACAGCAAGGAGUUAAAGACAACUGGGAUUGGAUACACACCAAGGAUGGAGCCUACACAGCAAAAUCGGGAUACCAACAUCUAGCUUCCCUUCAAAACAGCAAUCACAGACAUGAAUUUAGCAGAGUGUGGAACAGCUACAUCCCAACAAAGAUUUGCGGGUUUGUUUGGCAACUCCUACUCAACAAAAUUCCUACUAAGGCAAACUUAUUCAAGAGGGGAGUAAUCUCACAAACCCAGGAAUUAAUCUGCUGUUUUUGUAAUGAACAUGUUGAAGAUAGAGAUCAUCUCUUCCUGAAGUGCAGAAUAGUUGAUGAAAUCUGGAACAAGUGCUUCAAAUGGUGGAACUUACAAAAAACAAACUUCGAAAACUGCUGGGAGGCAUUCGUGAAGCAUGCAGAAUCUCCACCUCACGCAAAAAGGAAAAAGGGGUGGGAAGCCAUUUGGUUCUCAGUGACAUGGACAGUUUGGCUGACCAGAAAUAGAAAAUUGUUUCAAAAGGAGGAGGUCGAUACUGCAAGGAUAUACCACAGCAUCAAGGAAGGGUGUGAGAAGGCUGAAGAAUACAAGCAUGCUGCAAACAGUUGGAAGGUACCAGAAAUGCAACUAAGGAAACUCAGAGCCAAAAAUAUCAACAAGGGAGGUUAUGGUAUUCUGGAAGGGCUGAGCAUUGUGAAAUCCGACACGGUCGUGGUGCCGACACUUUAUUAUGGUGUCGACACCAAACGGAAGAACGGGCCCAAGUCUCCGACACGGACAUGGUGUCGACACACAAUAUAGGUGUCGACACCGAACGGAAGGGAUAAUUGACUAUGUAACUCUUGACCUUUCAAACUGAGAUAUUUACAGGUUUGGGUACUCCUUGUACUCCGUAUCAAUAAAUAUUAUUUUUGCUU